UAGACCGGAGCGGGUUAAGUCCGCUCAGAGUUCAGGCAGAGCUGCAACAUCUCCGCUGCUGACUGCGCUCAGUCCUGCCUGGAGGCACUCCGAUCCGAGUCUCCGAUCCGAGUCUCUCCACAUAUCUGCGGAAUCUCCUCACCUCUCCACCAGACUCCUCCGCUUUCUUCCUCCCAGAGUCUCCCACUCUCCGCCGCCGUCUCACCCCGCUGCCGCCGGGCGCGCACCGCCUUUUGCGCACGGUCACCCUCUCCACGUUCCCACUUGCGUCCGCUGCGCGCCGCUUAUCAUUUCACUCCCGCGAAGAGUCCCGAGAGCCACCCCCGGGGCUGUUGUCCUCUUCUCUGAUUCAGGUUCGGUUAUCAGUUUGAGCCCCGGACCGGAGAACGAUGUGACUCGUGGCUCGUGGGGAUUUAAGGGUCGUGACAUGCUUUGUGGAGCCGGCGUCUGCACCGACAAAUGGGACUCUCUGCAUUUAUGGUUACAUGAAUGUCAGCGCUGCAGGCCAGAUGCCGGUGAUGGAGGAGCUUGUCAGUGAGAGCGACAGCAUGCCAAAGCGGAUGGCUCUGAUCUGCUUCCUGUCUCUGGUCAUGCUGAUGAGCAUCCUGGGAAACCUGCUGGUCAUGGUGGCUGUCUGCAAGGACAGACAACUCAGGAAAAUCAAGACCAACUACUUCAUCGUGUCUCUAGCGUUUGCCGACUUGCUGGUGUCGGUGUUGGUGAUGCCGUUUGGUGCCAUCGAGCUGGUCCACCAGCACUGGAUCUACGGUGAGACCUUCUGUCUGGUCCGGACGUCGCUGGACGUUCUGCUGACCACUGCGUCUAUACUGCACCUGUGCUGCAUCGCCCUGGACAGGUACUACGCGAUCUGCUGCCAACCUCUUGUCUACCGGAACAAGAUGACGCCCAUGCGAGUGGCUCUAAUGAUCGGUGGCUGCUGGGUCAUUCCCACUUUCAUCUCCUUUCUGCCCAUCAUGCAGGGAUGGAACAGCAUCGGCAUCGACCACCUGAUUGAGGAGCGGCGGCACAGCGAGGGCAGCAACUCCACGUCGUGUGUCUUCAUGGUCAACAAGCCAUACGCCCUCACCUGCUCUGUGGUGGCCUUCUACAUCCCCCUGGUCCUCAUGGUGCUGGCCUACCAGAGGAUAUACAUCACGGCCCGAGCCCACGCCCUGCAGAUCAGCAUGCUGCAGCGGGCGGGUGGAGCCGGCAACAGCGCCCCCGCUGCCUCUGGGGUCGGCGCCGGCUCAACGUCGGACUCGGCCGACCACCAACGCAACCACCGCAUGCGAACAGAAACGAAAGCAGCCAAGACUCUGUGCAUCAUCAUGGGGUGUUUCUGCCUCUGCUGGGCGCCGUUCUUUGUCACCAAUGUAGUAGACCCCUUUAUAGACUACACAGUGCCCGACAAGCUGUGGGUCGCCUGCCUGUGGCUGGGCUACAUCAACUCCAUGCUGAACCCCAUCCUCUACGCCUUCCUCAACAAGUCCUUCCGCCGUGCCUUCCUCAUCAUCCUGUGCUGUGGGAGGAAGAGGUACCGCAGGCCGUCCAUCCUGGGGUCCGGCGCUCCCUGCACAGCCACGCAGAUCAACGGCUCCACACAUGUACUCAAUGGCUGCUCCUCUGCCUCCAAGCUGCUGCUCUGGUUCUGCAACACCAGACCAGUGCCUGUCUAGCUGCUGUAUGUCUAGGGCGUCUCAAGGCUCUAUCAAAUAUUCUGUCCUUCAAAACGGGAACCACACAGAGCAGGAGAAGAAGUCUCUGCACACCGACACAGAGUCCCACGAGUCCUGCUUGUGACCGACAGCGACUCCUCAGUCACGUCUCCAACGGCCUCGGCCCUCGCAGCGCCACCGCAGGGUCGAUGGAAACACGCCACAGCCUUCACACAUCCGGAGCUGAAAUCGAACACAGAUGCAACAAAUCCAGCCAAGCUCCCGAGCAGAGCCCCGGAGGGACCUGAGGGAUCAAGGAGAGGAGCAGGACGUUGCCGGUGGCGCAUCUGGUGUUCAGCCCGGCCAACACUUGACCCAUGGUCUUCUGAGGUGCCAGACACUGGAAUACAACCAGCUUUCUGUCUCUGUGAUGGUGGUUCUGUCGUGUUAGUUCUCUUGUCUGCACAGAAACUGAGCCAGCCCAGUUGAACUCAGCCGGAGCCAGAAUGUGACUGCGAUCCCAUCAACCGGCCCGACGGUCGCUUUCUUGUCUCGCGGAGAACCGGCAGCUUCGGCGGAGUGUAUAGGAGAAUUUCACAGCGGGAGAUGUGAUUAGUGACUGUGCUGGGGAGUUGUAGAAGUGAAUUGUGUUGCCAAAGCUAUUUGAUACACAUACAGUGGACCUUUUUCUGAUCAUUCUGAGAUGCUCCCUGUUGUUUUCCGGUCUAAAAAUCAGAAAGAUUGACUUUAGGUUUUAGAAGGUUGUUUCUUGUAAAGUGAAUCAGUUGGUGAAAAUGAGCUUUUGAAGUGUUAUUAAUGAAAAGAGCCAGUAUAGAACAAUAUUUCUUUUUGCUGAACAUCACAUCAACCAUCACGUGUCUUUGCCUCGACACAAAGCUGAAAAAACCUGUUUGUCUCCCAGGUCAAAGCCUCCCAGCUUUGUUAAAUCCUCCCUAAGCUGAAAGGAAAAUGUGGUUGCAAGGCUGCGUUAAAUCCUUGACCUAAACUGUCGAAGUGCAUUAUUACAGAGGCUGCUAGCUCGCCCUCCUGUGCUCAUCGCUCCACGAGGCUCCGUCUCACUGAUUGUUUCUACAGAAACUUCCCCCACAAGAAGUUAGACGAUCACAACACAUUAAAGCUGCUCAUGAAUGAUUCAACAGGCGUUGUGAUGAUGUUGGAGCGAUAUGUGCUUGGUUUUUGUUGUUUGUUUGUUUGCUCUGUGUGAUUACAUGUGCGGCUGUGUAUGUUUCCAUGGCGAUGCGUGCUUUGUGUGUUGUUCGUAUGUAUGAAACGCCCUUUUCCCAUCAACCUGUGCUGUGUUUGAUUUCACCUCAUGACUGUAACAUUCUUCUUGCAUCACACCCAUUGCACAAAAACAAGAAAAAGACAACAAACCGAGCAACAACAAAUAUUCUACAAAUAAGUGGCUGCAGUGCAUCAUUUGCUCAGUCUAGUCUUUGAACAGUGAAGCCUACGUGGAACCCAAACUCUGAUUUAAUAGUUCUUCAGACUGAGGAACAAGAAUUGUACAGUCUGUUCAGUCGAGUCUUGUCAGACUUUAAAUCUUCUACUGGUGCAUUCUUCAGAUAAAAUAUGAGAGGUGGCCAGCCAGGUACAACACCACUUCCACUCCAUCUCAACUCACCAUUAAUUCCCGCCGUCUCUGCCCACCUCAGAUGCUACGAUAAAGAACGUACCAGAAGUCUUUCAAGCUGGCAAGGCAAGUUUACGUGAGACAUCAAUCAACACUGAAGCAAUUCAGAGUGCUUUACAUAAAACAUAAAAAUGUGGAAGUUACAAAAAAUGAAUCUUGUACAUCUUAUCCAAACACUAAAGUGAUUUCCUGCAUUAUGGGACAGUGUCAGACCUACACACUCUUCAAUACAAUAUCAUGUUUAAAUAUAUGACGUUUAAUAGCUUUUUUGUGCAGCUGUAGUUAGAAAUAAGUGGCUGCAUUGACCUAUAAAAUAAAUAUAUUACCACACAUUUAACAGUUUUCUGCCAGCAUUCCUGAACUGCGUCAUUUGCAGUAGCAGCGUUUCAUACAUUUUUAUAUUUCUUGUUGUUCUGUUGACUGAAGCAGCUGCACAGAAACAUUUCAUAUUGUUCAGAAGAAGACGUCCAUGAAAAGAUAAACCCCUCCUUAACAGAGAAAGUUGAUAACCACCUUUGUCAUGCCCGUUAUACACAAAAAAAGCCAGAAUUUUUCAAACUUGCUCCAUAGUACAGCACUCAGUAUUUGGGGUCAUGUUUAAAAGCAACAAAAUGUUUCCUCAGUUUUCUGUGAAACAUGAAAAAUAACAGAAUUUUUUGCAUGGUUAGUUUAAAUUUGCAUACUGAAAGAAAAAAUAUUUUUAGAAACCCUCCACUUGCUCCAGAAUGUUGUUUUGUUGGGGUUUAUUAACAAGAAAACAACAAAAUGCACUCAUACAAUGUGUUACAUCUCAUAAAGCCACUACAGGAAAAGAAACGGGACGUGCGGUUGCUAAAAAAAAGCAUUGCACAGGAACAAACAACCCUCUCCAAUCAGUUAAUCACACGAAAACACUGCUGAGCACUGAUUCACCGGCACCAGCCAAAAAAGCUCUUGACAAGGGAAGGUAAUUACAAAUCCUUCCAGGGACAAGCCCAUCGACCCAGUUUUGGAAGUCACGGUUCAGAGGAAAUAUCCGAGUUUUGUGUUACUGUAGUACAAAAACACAAACUACAGACAUUAUAGUUGAACCUGGACGAAGUAAUGGGAAGAUUUUACUUUGUAGGCAGUGGAAUUACCGAUUUCAAACCCUUAAAGAAUGCUAACAAACAUUUGAAACAAUGGAUGCUGUAGGAAGGAUAUAGUAUAAUUGGACAGUGUGCAUUUUAUUCUCAUAGAUUUUUAGAUUUUAGUGUGUUAUCUCGCUUUAAACCUCACAUGGCCUGACAUACUGUUAGAUUAAAGUCAGUCAAAAGGUAGAGCUAAAGCUCAUAUGAACUUUAUUUAGUGUUCACAUCAACUGAGCCCAGACUGUGGUUAGCUAUGGUGUUGUUCCGCCUGAUUCUCCAAACACUUGGCUAUCACGUGUUGAAAUCUUUCCACUUUUACCCAUAAUCCCUUGCAAUUUGGGGCAAUUUCCUGCAGCUGGAUCACAGGAUGUUCUCACACCAUAAAGGCUGCACCUCAGCGCUUUAGAUGGAGAAACACAAGCUGAAACUCAGUCGUUGUGCCACAACUUGCAGUGUUCUGUGUAACAGGAGACAGGUUAGUAAGAAGCCAUGCAGAUAUCAGUAACACUCCCAGAGGAGGCAGCAUGUCAGUGUGCAGCGACUUAGAAACACUCUCUAUUAGUUCAAGUGCAAACUCUACUGCUUUCUGUUGUUGCCUCCAUUCAGUCACAGCCUGAUUUAUGACAAACACAUAAAAACUUACAGCCUCUGCUCCAAUGUUUAUGGUGCAACAAGCUGACAAGGAGGACUUUAGAUAGGCUGAAUUAUAAAGCUUACUUAUAGUUGUUUGAAGAAAAGAUGGUGGUCUGAUGACAUGUGAGGACAGAGCUGAAAAUUGUAGGAGCUUCAGUAGAAAUCAACUCGACUUCUCUUGUAAGUUCUUGAAGACGUUUCACCUUCAUCCAUGAGGCUGAGGAACCCUACAAGAGAAGUCUAGUUGAUUUCUACUGAAGCUCAUACGAUUACCACAACCUGGAUGACUGAGAAUCUACACAGGCAAAGAGCUGACAGUACUGCUGAAUUAAUCCAUGAUGGGAAUCUUUUUUGUGGAAGUUUUUCUGACUGUUUCAGUAAAGUCAAGUACAGUAUUUUUUUCAGCAUCAGACAACAGAGAAAUUGGACAUUUUUCCUUGUGUCACCAUUGUAGAGUUCAUUUUCUGAUUCAGUUUUGUUUGUUUUUCCAGACUGAACUCUUUCAAAGUUGAAGCACAAGUGCUUUUAGUGCUUUAAAAAAGAUUUCAAGCAGCAAUUUCCGACACCGAUUAUACGUUUCAGUCGGACUGUGAAAUGAGUGUGAAGUCGGCAAGAUCAAAGUUAGAAAAACGAUUGAAAAUUCCUGAUUUUUCUUUCUCUAUGAACAGCUCAGAAAUAAUAUCAUAAUAAUAUAGCAGCCUCUGCUUUUCAAUUACCAGUUAAGCAAAGUAAAAUUGCACGUCCUUGUGUUCAGCUUGAAGUAGCCUCCAAUCUGUCCUUCACUAACUUCACCUCUCACUGCAGACACACAAAGCAAGGAACAAAUAAUUCAAUACAAAAUAUAUAAUACACAGUUUGAAAGAAUGAUUUUCAGUCUUUUCAUGUUUUCAGCAUCUCUAAAGCCACAAUUUUCUUUUCAAACACACAUCUGUUAGUUGUUUUUCCAUCAGUCUAAAAGGAGCUAGACUUGUGACAUCGAGUGUCAUGCCUUUUCUAUUAUUUCUCCAUGUUUUUUUUCCCUGUACUCUGCUGUUCACUCACCACCUACUUGCAGUUUCCAUGACAUUUGUGAGCGUACAGCUCAGUAAGUGUGUGUGUCCAUUCUGGUGUCGAGAUGUUUGUUCUGUGUGGGAAGCUUCACAACAGUCGAAAAAUCAGAAGCUCCACUUGGCGACCCUUUGUAAAAUUUAAUGAGCCAAUCUCUUAGGAAGACCGUAUUUGGAAGCGUACCAAUCACACCACGAGAUGCAAACAGCUGAGAGCAUGUGAGAGGUUCGAGGGGUCAUGUAGCUAUUUCAGGUAAAAUGAGGAGAAGUGAGAAAAAAGCCCAAAAUGGAAACACUUUCAAGUCAGAAAUCUAUUUUUCCCCCACUACUUCAAAGAAACAGAGCAUCCACCCACCUGUGAAGAAAUUUGGAUUAAGUUUAAUGCAAUCUAAGGCCAGUCUUCAAACUCCUUGGUUUCUUACUGGUAUUAGUUUGAUGUUCCCAUGUGGAGGUGAGCUGUGGUCAACUGAAAGAGUUGCUAAAGUCUUUGCUAGACAGAUGAAGAUCAAAGUAAUAAGUCUCCUCUGAUGCAGGGUUGGAUUUCUAAAAUCAUCUUAGGCAUCAAAAUCCUCCUCCGCUGCAGAAAGAUGCUCCAUCCCUUCAACACAGUUAAAAAGAACAUCGGACUUUGUUGGCAGUCCCUCGGAGACUCUCUGAUUGAUGUUCAGCUUUUGUAAAAGAACAGAGGCCAGUUUUUACACCCACAGGAACCUAAAAAGAUGAGAAAGCCAUGCAACCCCAGGAUUUAUUGGGUUUUUAGUAGGAAGAAUGACUGAAACCACAAAUACAUCACAGGUUAAUUAAACCAUUAAUUAAUAAACGCCCAAACUUGCCUGAAAGUAGCCCGUCUCCGGAGGCCGAUGAAAGUCAUUUUGAGCUGUGGAAACAGCUGUGCCUGGAGAGCACCCCAAACUCAUCACAUACUGCUGAUUUGUCAAGACCCUUUGGCUGCUCAUUUACACACUCUAUAACCUGCGGCAUCAGUUUUGAAUGUGCAGAGUUAUGUGAGAGACCUAUAAAAAUCUGUGGCUAUCUUCAAUAGAUGCCACAAGUUCACAGCCAGGUGUGCUCUGCUGGCGUCAUCACUUUUGCGUCUUUUCAGGUAAUGAGACAGAAAGCGAAAAACUGAUGGAUUCUGUGGACACUGACCAUAAAGCAGACCAGAGGUUCCUGCAGUGGAAAACAGCCAAAUGUUGUGCAAUGGCAUAAUUCAGCCUAGAACAUUAUCCUAAACUUAAGCAAAAACCAAAUGAAAAUUAAUCUGCAGUCACAAAAUAAAUGAAGUAUUGCAUGGUAGUUGUCAAUCACAAAACACCUUGUGUAGAUCUGGGAUACCAGCAAUUUAGAUCCUGCCCCACAGACUAAAGGCUGAGACAUAAUCAUGCAUUUUCUGAACUGUUCUCUAUUCCCUUGGAAAGGAACCUGGAAUUUGGACAGCUCUUUCCUCUCCUUGCUUUGUUUUCUCUUGUAAGGUUGAUGUCUCUUGAAGGAGCUGAUUUGCAGCAGAUAGAUUGGAAAUUUUAGUUUGCAGAUGUUGUUGGUCUCACACAGGCCCACUGCAUGAAUACAAAACAUAUUCAAGAGGAGGCAAACACAGCGUUUCAGUCAGAAUGACACAGACGAUUUGUAAAAUAACAUAUUUCAAAAUUGAAUCUGGUAAUUCUCCAUGUAUGUGUGCAAACCAAUUUUAUGGAAGCAAAGAUUGCCAUGUUGCUGCUACCAGAUUACUGAGUGCACUUUUAAGACCAGGGCAUUUCAACAAAUGUUUCUCCAUCAUGCCUAAACCCAACAAACCCAACCAAUGAAGGCAACAAGCACUGCCUUAUUAGAGACAGAGAAGGCAAAUCAGACCUUUGUUAUCCAAGAAACAGACUGACAAAUGCAUAUAAAAAGGAUUUAGAAGUUAUUAUACACAGUGUUGGCUGAAAAAUGAGUAUACCACAUGUAGGAAAUUUGCCUGAAUCUAAAAAAAGAAAAAUCUGCUAAAUGCAUAAAGGAGAUCAUUAAUAGUGUCAUAUCUGGAUAUCAUCUCAAUUUUAGCUAAAGUUAUGCAGAAAACCAGACAGAGUAAAGACUUCACUGCUUUGAUCUUCAACUACUAAAACACUUAUUACAAAUUUUAUUGAAACAUUCAUUUAUUGGACGUAAAUAAGAUCAGUUGCAAAAAAAAAGGAACAUUUCUGGGAGCAGACUAUUUGACAAUCACUGUUUUCAGUUCGCUCAUAAUGCAGCAUAGAUUGCAACAAAUCCACAAUUUCAUUACAGCUGCUUUGCAACACUUGCAAGAACACCGUUUCCAAAAUGUAAAAAAAUAUGAUGAAUGUUUUAUAGGAGUGUUGAGGUGACUUUGGAAAGUCUGUGAUAAAACCUCUGGAUGCAGAACCCAGAAAGAAUACAGAAAGCAGCACUGCCACUAAUACAAACUACACACAGCAUUUAAAUCCUCUCCCGGCCUCCCGUCUGCAUUCAGGUUCAGCCCUGCAGAAAAGAACUCUCUCUGCAUGAAGCCGACACGGUGAUGGAGGACGGGGGAUAUUUAAGGCAUUUAAUUCCAUUGAAAGUCACUUCUUUUCCUCUUUACCUUAAGCGGAAUCUGUAGCCUUUAAAAGCCUUUAGCCUCCUAAAUAUCCCAUGAUACCUAUGUUGAAUUCAUUUGCAAAAUAGCACUUGUUUUUGCUUUGUUUUUAUGUGUUUUUUAGGUGCAUUUUUAAUGGUUCGGUAUUCUCAGAAACUCCUGUUAGAGUUUGUCCACCAUCAUCACCAGGUGUCUGGUUGUGUUCAUUUUUUUGUACAUGCAAGUGUGGCAAUUAUUUUUCAAAUGCUGGAUUAUAUACACUACCGUUCAAAAGUUUGGGGUCACUUACAAAUGUCCUUAUUUUUUGGGGGAAAAAAACAGUAUUUUUCAGUGAAGAUAACAUUAAAUUCUUCAGAAAUCCAGUAUAGACAUUGUUAAUGUGGUAAAUGACUAUUGUAGCUGGAAACAGCUGAUUUUUAAUGAAAUAUCUCCAUAGGGGUACAGAGGAACAUUUCCAGCAACCAUCACUCCUGUGUUCUAAUGCUACAUUGUGUUAGCUAAUGGUGCUGAAAGACUCAUUGAUGAUUAGAAAACCCUUGUGCAGUUAUGUUAGCACAUGAAUAAAAGUGGGAGUUUUCAUAGAAAACAUGAAAUGUCUGGGUGACCCCAAACUUUUGAACAGUAGUGUACUUUAUAUAACCUCACAGGUAACAUUUGGUACUGAUGUUCUCAGCACAGCCUUUUUUGCAUUUUUUUUUUAUUUUUGCAAAAUGAAAAUGCCCCUUAAUAUUCUUAACAUCUUACCUGCCUUCUUAAGUGUCAAUUACAGAAAUUCUCAGAUGCAGCUGCUGUUGAAAUCCGACUACGUAACACUUAUUUUUUUGCAGAAAUAUGAAAGUUAGAUUCCAAAUUUUCAGCUGGGUUUCAAAAAGUUUGAUAACUUUUGGAGAAGCCGUUACUUGGAUAAACAGAAUUAUUAUUACAGAAAGAAUGAUAGUAAACAAAUGUGUUGUGUGAAGCAGGAUUUCAACAACAGCUGAGUUUUAUUUCAUCAUUCUGUCACUCCUGCUCCCUUCCAUGUCAACUCUUUUUAAUUUAUUCAUUUAUGUUUGCGGCUUACAGCAUGAAUGUGUAUAUAAACAAAAGAAAAUGACUCCCACGAACUGUCCAAAGGAGACAAAAAAACUUUUAUAAAUCUCUUCGGUAUUUAUUUUGACAGAACAAAAUGGGUAUUUUCAUGUAUUAAAAGAACAUAAAAGGCUUCUCUUUCAGGGAGCUGAAAUGUGUAUGACUUUUUUCUGUUGCUAUGUGACAGUUCUGAUAAAAGGCUAAUUAAAGAUUAAAGAGAUGCUGAUAA